AUUCUUGAUGCGCUAAGCGCCGCGGUGAAAUGUGCUGGCCUCCCGUUGAAUCCUAAUUUCGCGGGCAUAUCACCGCUGGAAAUGCGCCACCUACAACAGUCACACGACCACGCAUCCCUCACACGCCGUCCUAACUGUUCCUAAUGCUCAUGCGACUUUUCCGGCUAUGCGAAGUACAGUAGCUUAUACCACGCGUGGCGAUUAAACAUCUGGUCGCGAUGCGCAUGUGUGCCGUCCAGCGACAGGGCAUCUAAGCGACAGCGGCGAAUCAACUCAUUGCGGUUAUGAUGCUCGCUGUUGUCGCGCGGCCCCGCUAUAGUCGCCCGGUCUCGCUAUAGCCCCACAUUGUUUGCCCUGCUACUUUCCUCGUCGUCUCGUCGUCGUGUCCUUGUCGCCACAGCCACCCUACGUUCUGUAGUGUCCGCCACAGCCGCGUUAGUUUCUGUGUGUCACCCACAGCCUUAUCCUCAGAUCCCCUCCCCCCUCCACUCGCCCUCCCCGCCUCUCCCCCUCUCCCCAUAUCUCCCUCUCCCACUCUCCCCCUCACCCCCUCUCCCCCUCUCCCUCUCCCCCAUCCCCCCUCUCCCCCUCUCACACGCCACCAUCGGGAGGUACUUAGGUCUUGCGUCUCAUUAGUUGGCUCCCUCUCCGCAAGCAGCGGGUCUCGAGGGACACCUUUAAUCUCCUCCCUCGCUCCCGCAGCCGUCCAGCCGUCCAGCCGUCCGACCGUCCAGCCGUCCGACCGUCCAGCCGUCCAGCCGUCCAGCCGUCCGACCGUCCAGCCGUCCAGCCGUCCAGGCAUCCAUCCAGCGAGCCAGCAGCCAUGGGGGCGAUGACGUCGUCUCUCGCGGCGAAAUUCGCCUUCUUCCCGCCGACACCGCCGUCGUACGCGAUAGUGGAGGACCCGGUAACGGGCAAGCUGCAGUUCGAGGACAUCGCGCCGCAGGAGAACGUGGAGGUCACGUUCCUGGACACGGCGCGCGGACAGCGCAUCGCCGCCAUGUUCGUGCGCAACCCGCGCGCGCGCCUGACGGUGCUGUACUCGCACGGCAACGCCGCGGACCUCGGGCAGGUGCACGACCUCUACGUGGAGCUCAGCAACAUGCUGCGAGUUAACCUGCUCGGGUAUGACUACACCGGCUAUGGGGCGUCAUCUGGCAAGCCAACAGAGUUCAACACAUACACGGACAUAGAAGCCGCCUUCACAUACCUCACCGCACAGCACCGCAUCCGACCAGAGGACAUCAUUCUGUAUGGCCAGUCCGUGGGCAGCGGGCCCACCGUGGACCUGGCUGCGCGCACGCCGCGCCUCCGAGGCGUGGUGCUCCACAGCCCCAUCAUGUCGGGGCUGCGCGUUCUGUACGAGGUCAAGUCGACCUUCUUCUUAGAUAUCUUCACUAAUAUUGACAAGCUUCCCAAAGUGGAGUGCCCUGUCUUCGUCAUGCACGGCACAGCAGACGACGUAGUGGAUGUGUCGCACGGUCGUGGCUUAGCCGCGGUGUGCAAGCGCCCGUUUGACCCGCUGUUCAUCGAGGGUGCGCGGCACUGCGACCUGGAAUUCUUCCCCGAGUACCUGAAGCAGCUGCGGCGCUUCAUUGCCUAUGUGGACCAGCACCCACCGCCGCCCGUGAAAGAGGGCGAGGAAGAGGACAUUGCCAGGCGUGGGAAGAAGAAGCCUUCUUCCUCCGGCUGGACAACACCUCUCGUGGGCCUCCGCUCCCUCCUCUCCUCUCCCGCUCGCACCCCCUCCUCCACUUCCUCCUCGCAUUCUGGGACCCCCCUCCGUGCAUCUGCCAGCGCCCGAUCCCCUCUGCACUUCUUCUCCUCUCCUGCAGCCUCUACCACCACCACCACCAGUGGUGGCAGUGGUAGAGGGAGCAGUGGCACUGAUGGUGAUGCUGACGUUGAUAAUAAGCCUGGCAGCGGCAGCAACUUGAAUGGUAAUAAUGCUGCUGGUGCUGGUUGUGCUGGGGCUGGUGCUGGUGGUGCUGCGGCUGGUGCUGGUGGUGUUUUAGGUGGCUGGAGAGCGCGCCUAGGCCGGCCAUAUAAGGCACCGAUUUCGGAGCUAAAGCAAAAUGCUGCUGCUGCUACUACUUCUACUACUACUGACAGUAGAGGCGGAGAUGGUCUUGCAGACGCAGCAGAAACAGCCGAUACAGCAGUAGUUGCGGCCACAGCAGCAGCAGCAGCAGCGAAGGAUGCAGCAGCCCGCCCUGCAGCGGCAUCGGGAGAAGACGCAGUAGGCGUGAAAGCAUGAAUUGGACUCUGGGAGCAGCCUGCCUUGCUCAAACAUCCACCAGAGAAGCACGAGGGAUGUAGGAAAAACUCAUAUUACUGCCUCAGACUCUGCUGCUGCUGCUGCUGCUGCUACUGCUGCUGCUGCUGCUGCUGCUGCUGCUGCUGCUGCUGCUGCUGCUGCUGCUGCUGCUGCUGCUGCUGCUGCUGCUGCUGCUGCUGCUGCUGCUGCUGCUGCUACUGCUGCUGCUGCUGCUGCUGCUGCUGCUGCUGCUACUGCUGCUGCUGCUGCUGCUGCUGCUGCUGCUGCUACUGCUGCUGCUGCUGCUGCUGCCACUCUUGCUGACGAUGCGGCUGCUGUUGCUGCUGCAGCAGCAGCUGUCAGUGCACGGAAGCAGCAAAGCCAAGACUCGAGCACACGUGGCGCAAGAGCACACACACACACACACCACACGCACACUCGGUAGUAACUCUAGGGAUCUCAAAUGGGCCUAGAAUACUUGUUCCUAUAGCACAAACGAUUCCCUCUAGGCUUAGAGCACUGCAGGAGGAGCCUGCAGUGGUUAUUGUUAGUGGCCUUGGCCGUGUGCUUUGGCCGUGACCAGUAUGCCGCAUUCUCCAACCGUGCUGCUGAAUUAACGCGGUGAGUAGCAUUCCGGAAGAUAUUCUUCAAAGAACCUAGUAGUAAGGUAUCACAACACUUGCUGCGUGCUGUUUAUGUUAGUGCUUCGGUUUGAGUCGCCCUGUAGGGGCCCAUGAGUCUGGUCCAUAUUUGAUGCAGAGCAGCAG